GCUUCCCCCACGCAGUCUCUUUGCCCCCAGCCACAAAACAACCGUGAGUGUCUAACUCACUGUUCUUGAAAAACUUAAAAUAAAAAUAAAAUAAAAAAUAUAAAAUCAACAAAAUCUUCAUAAAAACUAGCACGAUAAUACUUAAAGAAAAAAAGAAACCUUUUAAAAAAAUAGCAAAAUAUUAAUUUAAAAAAAUAUAUAUAUACAAACAGGAGAAGGCCUCGGGCUUAACCCGAAGUUUGCGUCUUUAAAGGAAGGAAUAUUUCAGGAGACGUCGAUCUUAAGCGUGACUUUAAUUUUUAUUUUUUAUUUUUUCGACAUUUUCUCAACAAGCUGGAUCAGAGAGCCGGCUGUGUAUUGAGCGUGUCUUUUUUUUAUUGAGAUCUGAAGCCCAGUUCGGACCCGGAUAAUAUCGGCAUUUUUUUUUUUUUUCUGUCUCUUUUCUGCUGAGGGAAGCACCGAUUUUAUUUAUUCUGUGUAGUCCGAGAUAUGAACACAGCGACGGGGAGUUAUCCGAUGGCUUCUCUCUACGUUGGCGACCUGCACCCCGACAUCACGGAGGCUAUGCUGUACGAGAAAUUCAGCCCAGCCGGACCGGUGCUCUCCAUUCGGGUAUGCCGGGACAUGAUCACCCGGCGGUCGCUUGGAUACGCUUACGUGAACUUCUCUCAGCCCGCUGACGCUGAGAGAGCCCUGGACACCAUGAACUUUGACGUGGUGAAAGGCAAGCCAAUCAGAAUCAUGUGGUCCCAGAGAGACCCCUCCCUCAGGAAGUCGGGAGUGGGCAACGUGUUUAUCAAGAACCUGGACAAGUCCAUUGACAACAAAGCCCUGUAUGACACCUUCUCUGCCUUUGGAAACAUCCUCUCCUGCAAGGUGGUGUGUGAUGAAAAUGGAUCCAAGGGCUACGCCUUUGUCCAUUUCGAGACCCAGGACGCAGCUGAUCGUGCAAUUGAGAAGAUGAACGGCAUGCUCCUGAAUGACCGCAAGGUGUUCGUGGGUCGCUUCAAAUCUCGCAAGGAGCGGGAGGCUGAACUCGGCGCCAAAGCCAAGGAGUUUACCAAUGUCUACAUUAAGAACUUUGGGGAUGAUAUGGACGACGAUCGGCUGAAGGAGCUUUUUGAUAAAUACGGCAAAACGCUCAGUGUAAAGGUGAUGACAGACCCCACUGGCAAAUCCAGAGGGUUUGGGUUUGUUAGUUAUGAGAAGCAUGAAGACGCUAACAAGGCCGUGGAGGACAUGAACGGGACUGAACUCAACGGAAAGACCGUGUUCGUGGGGAGAGCUCAGAAGAAAAUGGAGCGGCAGGCGGAGCUGAAGAGGAAGUUUGAAUUGCUCAAACAAGAAAGAAUCAGUCGUUAUCAGGGAGUUAAUCUUUACAUUAAGAACCUGGACGACACCAUUGACGACGAGAAGCUGCGUAAGGAGUUCUCUCCAUUCGGGUCCAUUACAAGUGCUAAAGUGAUGCUAGAGGAGGGCCGCUCCAAGGGCUUUGGCUUUGUCUGCUUCUCCUCCCCUGAAGAGGCCACCAAGGCCGUGACUGAGAUGAACGGACGUAUCGUUGGCUCCAAACCCCUUUACGUCGCCCUCGCUCAGCGCAAAGAGGAGCGCAAAGCCCACCUCACCAACCAGUACAUGCAGCGUAUAGCUGGCAUGAGGGCCAUGCCAGCUAAUGCCAUCAUUAAUCAGUUCCAGCCAACCAGUGGCUACUUCAUGCCCGCCGUGCCUCAGGCUCAGAACAGGACUACUUACUAUGCACCCAAUCAGCUGGCCCAAAUGCGACCCAACCCCAGGUGGCAGCAACAAGGAGGUAGAGGUCAAGGUGGUUUCCAAGGAAUUCCCAGCUCACUGCGUCAGCCAGGACCCCGCGGCAACCUGAGACACAUGGCUCCCGGCGGCAACUCACAGGGCCCACGAGCUUCCGGUCAGUCCAUGGCUCCUCGUCCCUCAAUGGGAGUCCCUGGCCCCAGGGCCAUGCCCCCUUACAAAUACGCCACUGGCGUCCGUAACCCCAACCCCCAGGUGCAGGUGCAGCCUAUUGCCUUGCAGCAGACUCAGCCGGCUGUGCACGUUCAGGGCCAGGAGCCUCUCACAGCCUCCAUGCUGGCUGCUGCACCGCCCCAGGAGCAGAAACAGAUGUUAGGCGAGCGUCUGUUCCCACUGAUUCAGGCCAUGCAUGCCAACCUGGCAGGAAAGAUCACUGGCAUGCUGCUGGAGAUUGAUAACUCUGAAUUGCUUCAUAUGCUGGAGUCUCAUGAAUCCCUGCGUUCAAAGGUAGAAGAAGCUGUCGCGGUGCUGCAGGCCCACCAAGCAAAGAAAGACGCCACCCAGAAAGUGGGCGGCAUAGCUCCUACUGCUGCUGCUGCUACUGCCACAUCCUGAAGGCCGCGUGGUGAAUUGCCCUGAGCGCACAAAAAUGAGCCGAGACGGGGGAGAGACACACUACACUGACUCCAAACACCAGAGUCCUCUGAACAAAUAUGCAAAAAUAAAAAAUAAAAAUCUGGGAGAAAAAAAAAAUAAAAAAAAUAGAAAAUGUAAUUUUAAAACAUACUUGAAUAUUUUGAGUAAAAAACAAAACAUGUAAAAUAUUACAGUUCAUAAUUUUUGUUAGUUCUGUAAUACUUUUAAACUGAAUGCCAAAAGCAAUAACGCGGAUGAAUUUUGAAUGAAGGCCCUUAAUCUUGUGGCGAAGAAGAGAAACGGUUUUCUACGAGGAAAAUGAGCCUCGCUCUAAAUUGAAACUUUGCUUGGAAGCUUUACGUUUGAUUUGAAAAGGUGGACUCCUUCAUCCUAUCAUGUUAUCAUGGGUGUGUGGUAUUCUCAAUAAAGGGAUGAUAUAUCAAGGGAA